CAAUACAAAUAAAAUGGCUUUAUGAACGAAUGUAUUAUUGGCAGCGUGAUGAUAAAGUUAAAAAGGAUUAACUGUAUUUUAGCCAUGUUUCCUCCAUACAGGUUUAGCUACUCCUAACGACAAUUAUUUGAAUGUUCAUCUUAACACGAUGCUAAUGUUUACAGAGACAGUAUUGAUUGCAAACAUCUACAGUUGAAGUCGGAAGUUUACACACACCUUAGCCAAAUACAUUUAAACUCAGUUGUUCACAAUUCCUGACAUUUAAUCCUAGUAAACAUUCCCUGUUUUAGGUCAGUUAGGAUCACCAUUUUAUUUUAAGAAUGUGAAAUGUCAGAAUAAUUACUAGAGAGAAUGAUUUAUUACAGAUUUUAUUUCCUUCGUCACAUUCCCAGUGGGUCAGAAGUUUACAUACACUCAAAUAGUAUUUGGGAGCAUUGCCUUUAAAUAGUUUAACUUGGGUCAAACGUUUCUGGUAGCCUUCCACAAGCUUCCCACAAUAAGUAGGGUGAAUUUUGGCCCAUAAUUAUUGGAAUGUUCAUCUUAACACGAGGCUGAUGUUUACAGACACAUUAGUACUUGAUUGCAGAUAUCUACGAAUAAAGAGGUCUCCUUAAUUAAGUCAUGAACUAAUUCCAGGACUCAUAUUAUCGCCAGUCUAUAAUUAAAUUAUCAGCCUCUAUGUUGUAUCAGACACGAGAUAGAGAAUAAACAUUACCAUUUCAUAACAUUUCAGAAGUUAUAUAACAAAUGAUUUGGGUGGGAGAGCUGAAUGGGGGGACAUUGGGACACCUGUUCCUUUGUGUGCUGAGGUGAACCCACAGCUCAUUUCCAUAGCCCAGUACAUGUAUUGUCUCCAGAGCUGUGGUACACUAUCGUCCGAUGCCCACUGGUUGCACUUGUUGCGUAGGUUGGUACACCACAGUUCUGAGGUGAAAUGUCCCCUAGGUACAGGUCUAGGAUCAGCUUCCCCUCCCCCAAUCCUAACCUUAACCAUUAGUGUGGAAAAUGAUACACUUGACCCAGGAUCAGCUUCUAUGGGCAACUUCACCCUCCACCACAGCCAUUUACUGUGGCUCACGCCUGUUUUGUAUCCAACCCCCUGCAGGUAAAGUAGCUCUGUACCACAAGAGUUCACCUGCUCUACUGACCACCUCAUUUGCCCCAAGGUUUAUGGAUCUCACUCAUGGUCUUCUCUGUUGCUAGGCAUAUUUCUACCACAUUUCUACAACACUUUAGUUUGAUUGCACAAUCAAGAAUAUCAUUGAAUCCUCGUGUCACUUCUAACGUAUCAGAGAUCUUUGUUGUAGGAGAACGGUGUUCAAACUUGAAAAUAGUCUGGAGCUGUAAGAUUUUCUGUGGAUUCUCCAACAGCAACUUAUGAUAUGACAUGACAAUACAUCAACAUAAGUGUUUAACUAUGCAAAUGAGUCUGUAUAUAUACAAUUUGUUCCAGCUGGUGAAGAGGUGCCAUCGAUGGGUGUUAGGAAACAAAGCUUUGCUCUGAACAGUUCUUCAGCCAUAUGAUCGAAACGGUCAACAACUUGCUGCUUAAUGGCAGCCAAGGAUUUUUCCAAAAUGGAGUCUCAACGAUGGUGGGUCAGUUCCCACCAGGUUCUGUUCAUCAUCUGCUGCAUCAUGGUACAGGCGCCAUGCCUGAGAUGUAAGAUAGUGGUGAACUGCACCAACCCCAACACCAUAUCCCUUCUGGCCGCCCUGGAGAACGUCAUGACAUUGUACUCCAUACGACCUGUCAUGAACCUCUCAACCCCCACCAACAUCAGCAUGUACUUCACUCUCUACGGCAUCCUGGGUGUGGAAGAAAAAGCACAACUGUUGAACACCUACAUUUGGCUGGUGAAGGAAUGGGAGAAUGAAUUUUUCAGCUGGGACCCAGUCCAAUGCGGCUCUGCCAAUAUUUCUCUCCCCAGGGAAAGGUUCUGGUCACCAGAUGUGGUAAUCAAUGAAUUUAUGGAUGAAAACAGAGCUCCCAUCGUCCCUUAUGUGUACAUUAAGCACACUGGUAUAGUGCGAGACGCCAACCCUGUCAGAGUGGUUAGCUCCUGUAACCUGGAGAUCUACACCUUCCCCUUUGACGUCCAGAACUGCACCUUCACCUUCAGAUCCUAUAUCCACCGCGUGUCGGACAUAAGGAUUAUUUUAGGGAAGAAGGUGGAGGACAUCCUGAAACGCUCCAUUAGCGUGAUGUCCACUGAAGGGGAGUGGGAGCUGAUGGACAUCAAAUCCAGCAAGUUCAAGUUAUCAACAUUUGAUCAGGGAGAAAGCAACGCCUAUGAUGAGCUCUGCUUUUACAUUAUCCUGAGGCGCAGAGCCACCCUCUACGUGGUGAACCUCCUGAUCCCCAGCUGCUUUCUCAUCACUGUGGAUCUCUUCAGCUUCCUGCUGCCUCCCCAGAACGUGGACCGCUCCUCCUUCAAGAUGACCCUAAUUUUGGGCUACUCCGUCUUCCUGCUCAUCGUAAAUAACCUGCUGCCCGUUACAGGAAGCACCAUUCCACUGAUAAAUGUGUUCUUCGCCAUCUGCUUGACUCUGAUGGUGGCCAGCCUGCUGGAGACUAUUCUCAUCACCAACCUCCUGGUCGGCUCCAGUAACUUCCACCCAGUGCCUGGCUGGGUCCGAGUGCUCGUCCUGCGCUUCAUGGGCACCCUCGUCUGGCUGCCUCAGAAAUCCAGAGAGGACAAGAUCAUCCUCAAUCCAGUUGCAAGAGAAACAGAUGUGAAAGUCUGCCCUCUAGUGACGGUGGAGAGACAGGUUCAAACAGGAGAACCAGGUAAGAUGUGGGCAGAGGCAGGCGAUCCAGCCCUGGCGGAGCUGAGGAAUCUGGGCAAUGAGCUCCAGUCCAUCCGCCUCCAGGUGGCCCAGCAUGUGGACGGGAACCAGAUCUCCCAGGACUGGAUGCAGGUGGGCUACAUCAUAGACCGGCUGCUGUUUGGCGUCUACUGCGUCUUCGUCACAUUCAGCUUCAUCGUCAUCCUCAGCAUCUGGAGUAAUUCAUACAAACAGUGAUGUACUGGUUAAAAAAAUAGGUGGUUAAACGCCAUUCGCUGUGAAUAAAGAAAUGCUCCCGAUAUGUUCUUUGUAUUUUUCCAAGAUAGGUGGCUAAAUGUUUGUGUAAAAUACAAAAUGUUUGGAAAGAGUGCUUACCCUCCACUACACCACUGUGUACAAGACUUAAGAGUCUCCCAUGUUGUCAACUGCUGUUUAGAUUUAAAAACAAUUACCUUAAAAUUAGCAUAACUUAACAAUUGUUUGUUUGAUCUUCUGGCUGCAUUGAGUAAGUGUGUUGACUUAUAUUACUAUAUUAGAUUAAAUGUAUGUUUCUUUGUCAA